UUGUAAAGCUUCCUGCGCGUGACGAUGCGCUGCGUCUGCCACACCGCUUUUGAGUAAUAUCCUUAUACAUAUUCAACGUUUGCUGGAUUUGGGCAUAACUCCAAAACAAUUAAACUCAGUGAACGUCAAGUCUGAAAUGAAGUGGAGGCUAAUGUAGCAGGUGGUCGAAUCGACGUAACCUAAAUCAAUAAGAAUAUCAGCACCAUUAAGUGCAUGGCGCACUCUUUCUCGGCAUGUGUUGUAACUGGUGUGCGAUUGUUAAAUAUUUGGGAUUUUUAUCCCGUUCUCAGCAGCGGCAUUGAAACAGAAAUGAUAACAACGAUUUUACCACAAUAAUAUGUGUAUUUUGCUGCUUUGCAUUAUGAUCAAAUUAAUUCAGUGGGCGCUGAGUGCACUCCAUCGAUUCGAGGGUGCUGUCUCCAUUCCGCGGGCGUGCAAUGUUUGCUUCUCAGUCAUCUUUAUUAUUAGGACAUGUCAGUAUAUGUUCAUUAAAGUUAAUAAGUGACUGUAGCAUAACCGCUACUAAAUCCACUGGUCAAUUCGAUUUAUCGGCAAUUAGCAGCAGGCAACGAAAGUUAGGCGAGUCCAGACUUUCAGAACCACUUUCCACUGGACAGCGCUCGAGCGGCUUUGGAAUCGAGACAGCAAACGCAUGGAUUUCUUUGGGAUAUUUCAAACGAUGGAAGGAGUUUUUUGGAAGUGAGGUGGAGGACAUUCUUCAAGUGGCCUAAUCUACACCCUAUUACCAACAGGAACAACAUUUUUCUUUAGUCUCACAUGUUUGUGAAUUGGAUAUGGGUCAGUUCACACCGAGAAGAUUCUACCAGAGAAGGAUAAAGGGAAAUUCACUCAGCAGCCCGGAGACCUGAGCGGCCUGAACCCCCCCCCCCCCUCCCCCUGUGAGGGAUCUCCAUAGGCAGGGUGGUGAGUUACAGUGGGCAGAGGAGUGCCCACCACGUUGGUCAGACCAUGGAGUGAGGAGGAAAGAAGGAGAUGCAUAUGUAAGAAAGGAAGAGGAGAUAUCCUUUGAAGAGCCGUCUAAAUUCAUGCUCCUAUUAUAAUUGAGUGCUUCUAAGAGCAAAGCAACAUGAGAGGACGCCUGUUCUGUGCCCACUGCUUCAAGAGUUAUUAUUAAGAUUAACCCUCUGGAUAUAGAGUAGACUAGUGUUCUUUGUGUACCUGAAUCCGCUGGGUUCUAGAGUGUGUCUGGAUUUGUGUCUGGGCUGUGGUCAUGGGGUCUCAGCCCCAGGGGUGUGCUCUGCAUCGGACCGGCAGGAUCUGUCACAGAGGCAGCCUGAUCAGGCUCUUACUCCUUCUUUACUGCUCUCUCACGGCCGCCCAAGCCGCUAAACCCAAAGUCCCGAGCGGCACACACCUCAACUCCAUCCGCAUCGACGGGGAUAUCUCCCUGGGAGGCCUGUUCCCCGUGCACUCCAGGGGCAACGAAGGCAAGGCCUGCGGGGAGCUGAAGAAGGAGAAGGGGAUCCAUCGUCUGGAGGCCAUGCUGUUCGCCCUGGACCGUAUCAACAACGACCAUUCCCUGCUUCCCAAUAUCACGCUGGGGGCGCGCAUCCUAGACACGUGUUCCCGGGAUACCCACGCCCUGGAGCAGUCACUCACCUUCGUCCAGGCUCUCAUCGAGAAGGAUGGGACGGACGUCAAGUGUCUCGGCGGGGGGGCACCCAUCAUCACCAAGCCUGAGAGGGUGGUGGGAGUCAUCGGAGCCUCGUCCAGCUCUGUGUCUAUCAUGGUGGCCAACAUACUGCGGCUCUUCAAGAUCCCCCAGGUGAGUUAUGCCUCCACGGCACCGGAGCUGAGCGACAACACACGUUACGACUUUUUCUCGCGCGUGGUGCCACCAGACACCUACCAGGCACAGGCCAUGGUGGAUAUCGUCAAGGCCAUGCACUGGAACUUCGUCUCCACCGUGGCGUCCGAGGGGAACUAUGGAGAGAGCGGUGUGGAUGCCUUCAUACAUAAGGCUCGAGAGGACGGAGGUGUGUGUAUCUCUCAGUCGGUCAAGAUUCCCCGGGAGCCAAAGCCUGGAGAGUUUGGCAAGGUCAUCCGCCGACUAAGAGAAAACCCAAACGCAAGGGUGGUCAUCAUUUUUGCCAAUGAGGAUGAUAUUAGGCGGCUACUCCAAGCAGCCAAGAAGGCCAACCAGACUGGCCAUUUCAUCUGGGUGGGCUCAGACAGCUGGGGCUCAAAGAUAUCCCCAGUGUUACACCAAGAGGAGAUGGCAGAGGGAGCUGUCACCAUCCUGCCCAAACGCCAGUCCAUCAGAGGGUUUGAUCGUUACUUCAUCAGCCGCACACUGGAGAACAACAGGAGAAAUAUCUGGUUUGCUGAGUUCUGGGAGAACAACUUCGCUUGCAAGCUGAGCCGACACGCUUUGAAGAAAGGUUCCGGGCUGAAGAAAUGCACAAAUCAGGAGCGGAUAGGGAAGAACUCCAACUACGAACAAGAGGGGAAGGUGCAGUUUGUGAUCGAUGCAGUCUAUUCCAUGGCCCACGCGCUGCACAACAUGCACAGGGAGCUCUGUCCAGGGAAGGUGGGCCUUUGCUCUAGGAUGGAUCCCAUCAACGGCACUCUGCUGCUCAAACACAUCCGGAUGCUUAACUUUGCAGGUAUUGCUGGCAACCCAGUGCUUUUCAAUGGGAAUGGAGACGCCCCUGGUCGCUAUGAGAUUUACCAGUAUCAGAUCAGAAACCGAACAGCUGAGUACAAAGUCAUCGGGCGCUGGACCGACAAGCUAUAUCUGAAUAUCCGAGCAAUGCACUGGCCAGGUGGAGGUCGUCAGAUCCCUUACUCCAUCUGCAGCCACCCAUGCCAGGCCGGAGAGCGCAAGAAGAUAGUGAAGGGCAUCCCUUGCUGCUGGCACUGCGAGCGCUGCGAUGGCUACCAAUACCAGGCAGACACUUACAGCUGCAAGAUGUGUCGCUUUGACCUGCGUCCCAACGAGAACCACACGGCCUGCCGUCCCAUCCCCAUUGUCAAGCUGGAAUGGAGUUCCCCCUGGGCCGUCAUACCUGUCCUCAUCUCCGUGGCGGGCAUCAUGGCCACUCUGUUUGUGGUGGUCACCUUUAUCCGCUACAAUGACACUCCCAUCGUCAAGGCGUCAGGCCGCGAGCUCAGCUACGUUCUACUGACAGGUAUCUUCAUGUGCUACGCCACCACUUUUCUCAUGAUAUCUGCCCCUGACGUGGGCAUCUGCUCCCUCAGACGGAUCUUCCUGGGUCUGGGGAUGAGUAUCAGCUACGCAGCCCUGCUCACCAAGACUAACCGCAUCUACCGCAUCUUCGAGCAGGGAUCCAUGUCGGUGAGCGCCCCCAGGUUCAUCUCCCCAGCCUCCCAGCUGGUCAUCACCUUCAGCCUGACUUCGGUGCAGCUACUGGGGGUGUGUAUCUGGUUUGGCGUGGACCCGUCUCAGGCCAUCAUCGACUACGAGGACCAGCGCAUGGCCAAUCCGGACAUGGCCCGUGGCGUGCUCAAAUGUGACAUCUCUGACCUUUCUCUGAUUUGCCUGCUCGGCUACAGCAUGCUGCUAAUGGUCACCUGUACAGUGUACGCCAUCAAGACUCGAGGCGUGCCGGAGGCCUUCAACGAGGCCAAGCCCAUCGGCUUCACCAUGUACACCACCUGUAUCAUCUGGCUGGCCUUCAUCCCCAUCUUCUUUGGUACCUCCCAGUCCACAGAGAAGAUGUACAUCCAGACAACCACGCUGACCAUCUCUGUGAGCCUGAGUGCGUCUGUCUCUCUGGGGAUGCUGUACAUGCCCAAGGUCUACGUGAUCCUCAGGCACCCAGAGCAGAACGUGCCCAAACGCACACGCAGCCUCAAGGCUGUGGUCACAGCUGCCACCAUGUCCAACAAGUUCAACCCCAAGGCGAGCCUACGUCCCAACGGAGAAGCCAAGUCCGAGUUGUGUGAGAGCCAGGAAACACAAGAUUGGAACGUCCACAGUGCAAGGUGUUCUACAUUGGACCGACAAAGAGACGCCUUCAAGACCGCUUAGCGGAACACAAGUACUCCAUACGGGUAGGCAAUGAAGAGUACCCCAAGGCAAGAAACUACAAGUCCUUACACCAUGGCAACCCUGCCUCCCUACAAGCUAUGGGUAUUGAUCAUAUUCCGGCAUCAAUUAGAAAAGGGGACCGUCUGAAACAGUUAAACCAAAGGGAAAGUUUAUGGAUUUACAAACUACAGGCCACUAAGUACCCUGGUUUAAAUGAAGAUAUGGAUUUCUUACCCUUCCUGUAGGGUCGUGAUAGGUCCAUUUGCUGUUAUCUAGUGCUAUGUUUAGACUGUUGCUGUUCAUGUUUUGCUGUGUUCUAGUGUACUAUGGAAUAUAUUGCUUUCUUAUUCUUGACAACAGUCAUAUUUAAGGUUAGAACUACCUUUCUAGGCGUUCUGAUACUUCUAGCUUGGAGUUGAAUUUUUUGAUAACAUAGCUACAGUAUUUCACUUUUUAAUGUGUAUAGUAUUGCUUACUAGGUACGUCCAAUCAAUUUUGUAACCACUCCCUCUUCAAAUUAGGGCUAAUUGGAAAAGCUGUUCAAAAGAGGACAUUGUAUUAGUUCUUUGUACUCCCUGAUGAAGGCCAUGCAGCUGAAACGCGUCGGAUUUUUAAACUUUGUUUCUAUUGAACAUGCCAUACAAAGGCAUUUUAAUUAAUUAUAGAAAGGAAGAAGGAAGAGUGCCUUGGUCCUCCUUUAUUUUUUUUGUCUAAAGGCCAGUUUUAGUGCUUCUUUAAUCAGAACAACAGUUUUCAGCUGUGCUAACAUAAUUGCAAAAGGGUUUUCUAAUGAUCAUUUAGCCUUUUAAAAUUAUAAACUUGGAUUAGCUAACACAAAGUGCCAUUGGAACACAGGACUGAUGGUUGCUGAUAAUGGGCCUCUGUCCGCCUAUGCAGAUAUUCCAUAGGAAAAAAAACACAUUUACAGCUACAAUAGUCAUUUACAAUAUGAACAAUGUCUACACUGUAUUUUUGAUCAAUUUGAUGUUAUUUUAAUGGACCUAAAAUGUGUUUUUCUUUCUAAAACAAGGACAUUUUUAAGUGACCCCACACUU